AAGCCUGCCAUCCAGAUAUGAGAAAGGACUUUCCUUCAGAGCUCAGGUAAACCACCUGUUUCCAGGAGAUGCUGAUUGCAGCAUGAGAGUGUUGAAUCUUCCAGAGGAGUUUGGAAGCAGAGGGUUGGAUUUCAAAAGCUGGAGAAUCAGUUGCUCUCGCAAGAUGUAUUUGGGGGACAAAAGAUUCCUGCGUCAGUUUCCGCACCUCCUGGCACUGGGGACUCUCAUGUUGCUGGCCACAGCCAUGCUGAAGUACAGCCGUUGGCAGUGUGACCCCAGCUAUCUGGAGAGGGACACUACGGACCCCCGAGGUCAGUUCUGCAAGGACCAGUUCUACCAGUCCGUGAGGCUCUCCCCCAUGGAGAACAUCAGUUGCUCUGGGAUCAGCAGAGGGGACAUUAAGGCUAUGGAGGACGCUCUGGUGAGCAGGUUGCAAUGGAAGAGCAAACGGUUAGCCUUAGAUGAGAUGUUCUACUUGAACCUAACCAAGGAUUGUCAGAACUUCAAAGAAAGGAGAAGAUUUGUUGGGUUCUACCUGAGCGAAGAGGAAGAAAACUUCCCUAUUGCUUAUUCCAUGGUGAUCCAUGAGAAUAUCGAGAUGUUUGAAAGGUUACUGAGAUCCAUCUUUGCUCCUCAGAAUGUAUACUGUGUCCAUGUGGACAGAAAAUCUCCUGAACUUUUCCAAAAAGCCGUUCGGGCCAUUGCCUCCUGCUUCGACAAUGUUUUUCUGGCUUCUAAGCAGGAGAGUGUGGUGUAUGCCUCUUGGUCGAGGGUCCAAGCCGACCUGAACUGCAUGAAGGACCUGCUUCAAAGCAAGGUGCAUUGGAGGUACCUCCUGAACACCUGUGGGACCGAUUUCCCUAUCAAGACGAACACAGAGAUCGUCAGAGCCCUAAAACUGCUGAACGGGAAAAACAACAUGGAAUCCGAGAAACCUUCGUCCUAUAAAAGGAACCGCUGGAAAUACCACCACGAAGUGACCAAUGCCAUCGUUCAGACCAAGGUGACAAAGAGCCCCCCUCCCCAAAACUCCCCCAUGUUCACUGGCAACGCCUACAUUGUGGUCACCAGGGAGUUUGUCCAGCAUCUCUUCACAGACCCGAGCGCAAGACGCUUGAUCGAGUGGUCCAAAGACACCUACAGCCCUGAUGAGCAUCUCUGGGCUACCUUGCAUCGCAUGCCAGAGGUGCCAGGCUCGGUUCCUUCUAGCGACAAAUUUGAUCUCACAGACAUGAAUGCCAUUGCCCGGGUGGUGAAGUGGGCCUACAGCGAAGGGGACGUCAGCAAGGGAGCCCCUUACCCCCAGUGUACCGGAGCCUACAAGCGGGCGGUCUGCGUCUAUGGAUUUGGAGACCUCCGCUGGCUACUCUCACAGCACCACCUGUUCGCCAACAAGUUCGACCCCAGCGUGGAUGACUACGUCAUCCAGUGUCUGGAAGAGUAUCUGCGCCACAAGGCCAUCUAUCAAAAGCCCCUUUGAGCACGGCCCACCACAUCCAUCAAGAGAGAGAGAGACAAGGGGAUCCCUCUGACAGCAGGAGAGACAAACUGUGGGUCAAUCCGAUGGGCCGGACUUCGCGCCCUAGGAGACCUUCAGCCUUCCGAAGGCCUUUAUGGGCCUAGAUCUGACAUUCAGGGACAUUGCAAACCACAAGGUACGGAGAUCGUUUUUCCCUCCAGAGGUGGAAGGGGGUGGAAGGGGACUUGCGCAACCCGACUUGUUCAGUUUCCGCAAAACUGGCAGUGUGAGUUAGAUUUAUGAGUCACUCUCCUGCCCUGCGUUGCAUUUCCUUGUGGAAAAAAUGUGUGUCUGAUGAACAAAUGUAUUUGGACUCUGUCCUUCUAUAUUUUUAAGGGAUAUUGGAAAGGAGACGGUGGAAUUUGAUCAUUCGUUUCCCGUAUGUGGGAAAUACACAGCUGUGAUAAUUGUGCUGCGCUGAACGGGUAAGAGGGACUGUUUGGGAAGGCGUUCAUCCAGACCCCUCUUCUUCCUCCUCCUCCUCCUCCCCCCCCACCCCUUUACAGCCUCCAGGGCACUGGAUUUGCAUCCAGCUUACUGUGUAAGCAAAUUGGCAUCUCAUUUCUCAACACAGCUCUGCGUUUCGCUCAAUUUUCAUUUCCAAGUGGCAUCCAGUGUCAAAAGAAUAUCUUCCUUUUUAAGUUCUCUAGGAAGGCUCAUGAGCUGUCUGCUUCUUGGUGAUAAGACUCUGCACAAGCCAGAAUGCUUUCUUGCGUGCCCCAGGUCAUACAGAUCCUGCCAGCUUAUAAUGCCAGUCUGUUCUUGCCAGGGUUGCCCGUCCCCCUCCUUGGCCAAAAAGCCCUCCUUUCAGCAAGUGCUAAGGUUUUCUUAGGUUUUUAUUCCCCACUGAUUAGAUGAUGUUCCUUUAGCUAUCUGGGGAAUCCUGGGCAUUGAAGUUUUAUUUUUAUUUUUUUUUUAUUAGUCAUAUUUCUAUGCCGCCCACUCUCCGAGGACUCUGGGCGGCUUACACCAAAUACAUUAUACUAAAUAGCAUAUUGCCCCCAACAAUCUGGGUCCUCAUUUUACCCACCUCAGAAGGAUGGAAGGCUGAGUCAACCUUGAGCCGGUGAGAUUUGAUCCGCUGAUCUGCUGAACUAGCAGUCAGCUGAAGUAGCUGCAGUACUCUAACCAUUGCACCACCUCGGCUCAUAGUCCACUCUUUUUAAAGCAUGCUUCUGAGAAUUGGUUAGAUAGAAACUAACAAAGGAGAGAAGCAACCGAGAACUAAGGAGAAACGUCCUGACAGAACAAUUGAUCAGUGGAACUACUUGCCUCCAGAAGUUGUGGGUGUUCCAUCACUGAAGGCUUUUAAGAAGAGAUUGGACAAACAUUUGUCUGAAAUUGGACAGGGUUUCGUGCCUGAGCAGGCGGUUGGACUAGAAGACCUCUAAGGUCCCUUCCAACUCUAUUAUUCUGAAUUCUGCAUUGAAGUCCACCUCUCUUAAAGCAUACUGGCUGGGAAAUUCUGGGAGUUGAAGUCCACCCAUCUUCAAGUUGACACGGUUCAGAAACACGGGGCUAAGUCUAGCUUUUAAACCAGCUUCCACAUUCAGAUUGUCCUAACACAAGCCAAGAAGAUCGGAUGGGUGUACGAGCUAGUUGGGGAGAGAACAUUUGUAGGGAUGAUGGGAAGUGUAGUCCAAUACAUCUGGUGGACCUCAGAUUAAAGAGGAAUAUGACACAGAGCCUUUUGUUGAAUUCUGCUCUUUGUCUCUAUUUCUCAGUGGUGUUUAUAGAUGCUACAAUGUGCCAUGAUGUAAGGAAGGUGCUCGAAUACGUUUUAGGAUUGCCAAUGAAGCCCUACAUAUUUCCAUGUAUGUAACUCCAGGGUCUAAUGUCACACCGGGUUUCCAGGGGUUUAUUUAUGGAUGUGCCAAUGUUUGUGUGUCUACAUUCAAAAAGGCCACGCUGUUAAAAAAAAUUCAGAAUAAACUAAAGCACAGUUUC